AUGGCAGAUUCUGACGAAGAUUAUAUUGGUGAAGCUUCUGAGGAUGAGGAUGGUGACAACCUUUUUCAAGGGAAUGCAACGUUUGCAUCACGUCCAAAGAGAAAGAAGCAACGUGGAGGCGCUGACUGGGAAGUCUCAAGGACUUGGGAAACUUUAGUUGAGAGCGCGGAUGGCACAAUUAGCUCAGCAGUCGAAGGAAUUCUGGAAUCUGGGAAAAGGAAAAGGCUCUUGAGAGAUACUACACCAUUACAACGGGGCAUUAUUCGCCACCUCGUCCUCAUCCUCGAUCUUUCGCAGUCCAUGGCGGAAAAGGAUCUUCGGCCUACACGAUACCUCCUGACGCUCCGAUAUGCACAAGAGUUUGUGGGAGAAUUCUUUGAACAAAACCCUAUCUCUCAGCUAGGCAUUCUUGGGUUGCGCGAUGGCCUUGCAGUACGCAUUAGUGAUAUGAGUGGGAAUCCUACAGAACAUAUUAGUUCAAUACAGGGCCUGCGAGAUCAGGAUCCAAAAGGCCUUCCUAGUAUUCAGAACGGGCUUGAGAUGGCUCGUGGUGCUCUUUUUCGCACCCCAAGUCACGGCACUCGAGAAAUUCUCCUUAUCUUCGGCUCCCUCCUCUCCUCUGACCCCGGCGAUAUUCAUGAAACAGCAUCAACGCUUAUAAAUGAUAAUAUACGUGUUCGAAUCGUUGGGCUUGCUGCCCAAGUAGCCAUCUGCCGUGAUCUCUGUGCUAAGACAAAUGGCGGUGACGACACCACGUAUGGUGUGGCGCUCAAUGAGCAACAUUUUCGGGACUUAGUGAUGGAUGAUGUCAAAGUCAAACAGCUUGUCCGGUAUCUACAGGUCAAGACGACGUCUGCUGUUUUCUCCAUGAACACCAAGUCACCUUCAGAAUGUCCGUCGCAACGUACAGGGCUUUCACCAGACGAGGAGAACCAGAUAAGGAAACUUCAGCCUCCAGUUGUUGAGCUGUUCGAAAAAAUGCAAUCAUACCCGUUUGGUGAGGAUGCCGAGUUUGCCAAAGGCCUGUCGAUUAUACUUGGUCAUCCAGACGUUCCCGUAACUGAGACGGAAAUUCUUCGCAAGGAUGAUUUAGUCCUACAGGCCAAAUGCUUUUACUUCUCAAGAAAAGAGAAGCUCACAGAACCUUUGGAUUUUAAAGACUACAAGGCUUGGCUGAGAACGAUUUCAUCCCCAACUGAAUCUACAUCAUUCUAUGGGAGUACGGGGAUUUUGCCUCGGCAAUUUGAUCGACUAGCGACUGAUUCAUCUUCGCUGCCUGAAAACACAAUGCAAACAACAACUACGACGAUGCAGGAGCCUGCUUACCCUUCCUCGUUUGCACAUAUAGUUGAGCUCAUUACUACUGGUCAGCCGAUCCCGGGAAUUCAGCAGAUACCAGAUACGGUCUUAACUGGUCAUGAAACCCCAAGUACAAAGCCUAAGAGACGUAAACCGUGGGAAAAGGACGAUAGCACAAAUUCCCAAGGAUGA